UUAAAAAUGUCGGACUGGGAGGAUGAGUACGACAAGGACGGCGUUGCUAUCGAGAACAAGCCUGCGCCUAAGCCAGCCGCAGCUCACUAUAAGUUACCAUGGAGUGGUAGUGUAAAAGGUGGGGAUGUCGAUUUUGGUGGAAGACGAUUCGGAGGGUCGAGGGAGAGCAAAGGUGACUGCCGCGGCGCCUGCGCGGGGUUGGAGUUCAGGAGUCGGAGACGUCCGAGAGAUCGCGAAGAUAAACGGAGUGAAACGGAAAACUCAGACUGCUCUGCGCCUGUGACCAUGACAGUGGAAAAUGCGUCAGUUGGGAGGGUUAUAGGUCGAGGGGGAGCCAAAGUUCGUGAACUUGAGGAGAGCACUGGUGCAAGAAUCAAGAUUAACAGGGGAGAUUAUGAAGGGGAAGUGGUCAUCUUUGGGUCCUCUGCCGCUCAGCAAAAAGCCAAAGAGAUGAUUGAAGACCUUGUGGCCGGUGGCAGCUCUGGAUUUAACAAUGGUCCAGGUCGAGGACGGUACACUGAUGGGUUCAGAAGCAGAGCAGACCAAGGAACAAGCAGUGGUUCUGUUUGGUCUAAUGCAGAGCUAGAGGCUUCAAAAGUUACUCCAGCCCGUACAUCCAUAGACUGGAAUGCCAUCCGGGAGAACAAGAAAAUGUAUGAGGAGCUCAAAUGGAAAGACCUUCCACCUAUGAAGAAGAACUUUUACACUGAGGCAGCAAGUGUGUCCAUGCUCACACCUGAAGAAGUCUGUGAAUGGAGGAAGGAGAACAACAAUAUUUUUGUGGAUGAUUUGAAAGAGGCAGACACAAAACGACCCAUUCCCAAACCUUGCCGCACAUUUCUGGAGGCUUUUGAAAUGUAUCCAGAGAUCAUGGAAAAUAUUGAACGUGUUGGUUUUGUCAAACCAACCCCCAUUCAGUCUCAGGCAUGGCCAGUGUUACUCAGUGGAGAGGACCUUAUAGCAAUUGCUCAGACAGGAACAGGGAAAACUCUGGCCUAUUUGCUACCAGGCUUCAUCCACAUGGAUGGACAGCCUUUACCCAGAGCUGAGCGAAAUGGUCCAGGCAUGUUGGUGCUGACCCCUACCAGAGAACUUGCACUGCAGAUUGAAGCUGAGUGCAGCAAGUACCAGUACAAGGGCUACAAAAGCGUCUGUAUCUAUGGUGGCGGUGAUAGGAGAGGCCAGAUUAAUGUGGUGCAGAGCGGUGUGGACAUCGUGAUUGCUACACCGGGACGACUCAAUGAUUUACAGAUGAAUGAGCUCAUCAAUCUUCGCUCAAUCACCUACGUGGUGCUGGACGAGGCGGACCGUAUGCUUGACAUGGGCUUUGAACCCCAGAUUCUGAAGAUUCUUUUGGACGUCCGUCCAGAUCGACAAACUGUCAUGACCAGUGCCACCUGGCCCACAGGUGUAAGAAGACUGGCCAAAUCCUACCUGAAGAAUCCUAUGAUGGUUUAUGUAGGCACCCUGGACUUGGCUGCAGUUAACACAGUGCUGCAGACUCUGUUGAUUGUUCACGAAGAGGAGAAAAAGUCCUAUCUGUUUGACUUCAUUAGAAGCAUGCAGCCACUGGAUAAAGUUCUCGUCUUUGUUGGCAAGAAACUUAUCGCUGAUGACCUGUCGAGUGACAUGUGCCUGCAAGGUAUUGCUGUGCAGUGUCUCCAUGGUGAUCGUGAACAGUGUGUCCGUGAAGAAGCUCUGAAGGACUUUAAAGAUGGUCGAGUUCGCAUCCUGGUUGCGACGGACCUAGCAUCUCGAGGGUUGGAUGUCCAUGACAUAACACACGUCUUUAACUAUGACUUCCCACGAAACAUAGAGGAGUAUGUCCAUCGUGUGGGCCGCACUGGCCGGGCAGGACGAUCAGGUGCUUCGAUUACCUUGAUAACAAGAGACAACUGGCGGAUGGCAUCAGAGCUGAUUUCUAUCCUGGAACGGGCUGGACAAGAUGUCCCCGAGGAGUUGGUGCUCAUGGCAGAAAGAUAUGAGAAGCACAAGAGGGAGAGAGACAUGUGUUACCCAAGAGAAGGAAGAGGAGGAGGAGGAAGAAGGAGAGAGUGGGGAGGGAGAGACGGCCGAGACCGAAACCAAAACUGGGGAUUCUAGUGAGUGGCUCAUAUGCAAGUCCACACAAAACACAAGGAUGGAGUAUGGUCUGAAACUACCUCUCUUUGAAUGUGCUUUGUAAUUUCUAGAUUUUGGUUUGAAAGUUUUUCUUUUUUACAUGCUUUUCUGUUAUUUGUUUACCUUAACACAUAAUUACCACGAUUUUAAAACAUUUAAAUGCUAUUUUAAAUCUGCUUUUGUGGAUUAGACAAAUGUUAAGUUCUGAUUUCUGUUGGACUGAAUAUCUUGUGGUAAUUGUUUGAUUUGAGUGAAAUUGGAUUAAUAAAUUCUAACUCUAAAAGAA